CGUUUUUCUUUAAGUAAAAUCAAUUGUACGUAAAACACCACAUCGACAUGGGUGUGUAGUGUUCAAUGUGCAUCAAUUGAGAAAUAUAAAUUUUUAAUUAUAGACUUAAGAGGACGCUACGCGGCUUUACGUUCAAUAGAUCUCAUGUAGCUUUGUUAGAUUUAAAAGUUUUAAUAUUAGAGUGCAUUUAUAUAAUAAUAAUAUUAUUAUUAAAAUUAAAAGUAACAAGAUUUUCUGUGGUUUGGUAUAAGUAUUUUUUCUACGGAUAAAUUUUUAAGCAAAAUAUGAUCAUUUUAAAAUUAUAAUAAAAAUGUAUACACUUAAAACUAUUUAAUAAAAAUUUCGAAAAAUACUCCCACCGUACCACAUAAAAUGUUGUUACCUUUAAAACUAAAAAUGGAUAAAUUCACUAAAAUAUUAAAAUUUAAAACUAAAAAAGCUCCACGAGAACUACUAAACGUAAAUGCUUUGUGUUACGCUUUUGUAAGUCAGAGAAUACAAAUGCAGUGGUUCCUUUUAAGACUAGCAAAAAUAUAAAAAUAUAUUAUUGGUUUGGUUCAAAAUUUAAAAUUGUUCCUAUUAUUAUAGUUAAAACGUUGUUUUUGGUAAUACGUAAAUAAUGCUAUUAUAACAAUGGUAUACAAACAUCCAUGUAAUUACUUUUCAAAAUUUCAUAAUAUCAUAAGACAUUUUCAUCACGCAAAUUAAUAACUAAUUGCAUAACAAAUCAAAUAACUGUUUACAGAUUUUUUUUUUUGAAUAUCUAUUACGAACAUUUAAAAUUCUUUUUUACAUAAAUUGUAUUUACUUAGGGUACUGAAUUUAUUAAAAUUAAAAUCUUAGAAAGUAGUAAAAAUAAUAAUUUAUAUUUUGUUAAUUAGAAUGGAUUGCAGUUCAAUACACUGAUGAUAAUGUUUUCUAUAUGUGUCCUUCAAAAACAAUAAAAUGUAAAAUAGUGAUUGGCAAAAAAUAUAUGGUGAAAUGGGUUAAUAAAAAAUCAUAUUUAGCUAAGGUGCUAAAAAAAGGAAAUAAAGAAAAUAUACAAAGGUUCUUAGCUGGUAAGAGCAUAAACCAUAUGAUAGAUGAACCAAUAGUGCAUUCAAGCCAUAGUUUAGAUCUAAAAAGUGGGAAAAUUGAUGCAAUAAAAAAUCGUGAAAUGUUUACCUUGGAUCAUUCAAUGGAUAAACCAAGCAAGCAUACUAGCCAAGCUGUUGAGCAGAAUGAUUUUAGUAAAAUAGAUGCAUCAACAAAUUUUGAAAUGAUUAACUUGGAACAGUCAAAGGAUAAACCAAUCAUGCAUUCUAGCCAAGUUGUUGAGCAGAACGAUUUAAGUAAAAUUGAUUCAACAAAAAAUAGUGAUAUUUUUGAUUUGAUAUUUGGUAUUAUGGAUGAAGCAACCAUGCAUCCUAGCCAAGCUGUUGAGAACAAUAAUUUAAGUAAAACUGAUGCACCAACAAUUUAUGAAACGUUUAACUUGGAACAUUCAAUGGAUAAACCAAGCAUGCAUACUAGCCAAGCUGUUGAGCACACUGGUUUAAGUAAAGUAGAUGCACCAACAAUUUGUGAAACGUUUAACUUGGAACAGUCAAUGGAUAAACCAAUUGUGCACUCUAGACAAGCUGUUGAUCAAAAUGAUUUAAAUAAAAUAGAUGCACCAGAAAAUUGUGAGAUUUUUGAUUUGUUGUUUCACAAUAUGGAUGAACCAAUUGUGCGUUCUAGCCAAGCUGUUGAGCAGAAUGAUUUUAGUAUAAUAGAUGCAUCAACAAAUUUUGAAAUGAUUAACUUGGAACAGUCAAUGGAUAAACCAAGCAUGCAUACUAGCCAGGCUGUCGAACAGAAUAUUAUUGGUACAAUUGUUACAUCCAACAAUACUGAAGAUUUUGUGGGGUCAGAAUCAUCAACAUCUUCUGAUUGUUUCAAUAGUCCAGAAUAUACACCAUAUGCAAAUGAUAAAAUGAACUUGGAUUUUGAAACAAGUGAUUCAGAUGAUUUAGAUACAGUACUUUCACCUCCUUGUUCACCAGUAAAUACAAACAUAAAUAUAGUCAAUACGGUAGCUGUUCAUCAAAUAGAAUUAGAUGUCCAAAGAGCUAGAAAAUGUUCUUAUAACUAUAAAAAAAAUGUUAAAGAUAAGAGAGUAUACUGUAUUUUUUGUGAAAAUCUACAAACCAAUUUUCCACGUCAUGUUGAACGCAAGCAUGCACUAGAAACUGAAGUUAGAUCUUUUAUAUUAUUGCCGAAAAAAUCAAAAGAGCGCUUAAGACAAUUAGAACUUCUGAAAAAUAAAGGAAACUUUCACUAUAAUAAAACGAUAUUAGAAAAAAAAAAGGGUUCACUUAUAGUUGGUAGACGACCUACAUCUUCUGAAAAAGUGGCUGUCAAUGACUAUUUACCGUUUACAAAAAGAAGAAAUGUACAGUCUCAAUGCGCUAUGCUGUUACAAGAUACAGAUGAUUUCAAGCAAUUAACUGCUGAAGUUUUUAUUCAUAUGAAAUAUGACAAUAUAUCUUUUACAGCUCAAAACGAUAAACUGAUAUGUGCAUUUGGAGCUAGAUUACUAAAAAAUCAUCGUGAACAACACCUAAAAACGUAUAUAUCACAACGCAUGAGACAAAUCAGUAAACUUUUAUUGAUAUUAAGAACAUUAGUUCCAGAACUAAAAAACUUAGAAGAUUUUUUAGUACCCCAAUAUUUUAAAACAAUUGUCAAUGCUGCAAAAGAAAUAAGUGGUUACAAUGAAACUGAAAACUCUUACAUUCACCCAUCUAUAGCUCUGAAAUUAGGACAUACAAUUCUGCAAUGUGCCGAUAUCAUAGAAUGCCAAUCAAUUAUUCAAGGCUCUUCUCAAGAUAAAAUAAAUAAAAUAAAAAAUUUUGUUACAGUAUUUCAAAAAGAAUGGAAAUUUUCAAUUUCAUCUAACGCCUGUCAGGACCUUUCAAAAAAAAAAUUCAAUAAAACUAUAAACCUCCCAGAUGCUAAAGAUAUUACAGUACUACACAAUUAUUUGUUAAACCAAAUAAAAAAUGUAACUCAUCUCGUUGAUGAACAAAAAGAAAUUAACCAAGAGACAUAUAAAUUAUUUUGUAAAACUUUAUUAACCCAAAUAAUACUACUAAACAGACGAAGAUCAGGUGAAGUAGAAAGAAUACAAAUAACAGAUUAUUUAAAUAGAGACAAAAAAAAAAUGCAGGAAGAAAUUUUGAAAUCUCUCACUGAAGUUGAGUCAAAACUAUCUAAUAGUUUUAUAAGGUUUGAAAUAAGAGGUAAAAGAGGCAGAGGAGUACCUGUUUUGUUAACUCCAGACAUGAAAAAAUCUUUGGAUUUAAUGUUGGAUAUGAGAGCUUCUGUACAUAUUUUUGAACAAAAUAAAAAUCUUUUUGCUAUACCAUACACUGCUGUAGGAGUGUAUAGGGGGUCAGAUUGCCUGAGAAGUGCAGCUAUUAAAUGUGGAGCAGCUCAACCACAAUUAUUAACUUCCACAAAACUAAGAAAACAUGUUGCGACAAUAACACAAUUAUUAAAUCUAACAACUAAUGAUCGUGAACAAUUGGCUAAUUUUAUGGGUCAUGACUUGGCAAUUCACAAUGAGUAUUAUAGACUUCCGGACAAUACUUUGCAACUUAGCCGUGUCAGUAAAAUAUUGCUUGCUGCAGAAUCAGGUAAAAUUAACGAACUCAAGGGAAAAACACUAGACGAAUUUGAUGACAUUAUAAUUCCAAAUGAUUUAAAUGAAAGUUCAUCAGAUGAAAAAGAAGAUGAUGAAAAAGAAGAUGAUACAAUUGAAAAUAGUGACUUGUUUGAAAACCAUGUUCGAAUGAACAUCAGUGAGACAGAAAACUCAAUCACAGUAGUUGCUAAAAAAUCCAAAAAAAGAGGGGAUUAUAUAAAAUGGACCAUGGCUGAAAUAAAUGCAAUCAAACGAUCACUUGGAAAAUUUAUUGCACUCCGAAAAAUUCCUCAACAGCACGAUUGCUUACUAGCAAUUAAAAAUGAGCCUAUUCUCAAAAACAGAGAUUGGAAGAAAAUCAAAUUUCAAGUGGAAACAGUGAAGUUAUAUUAA